CGUACAAGAACAUUGUCGAAAUUCUUAAAGACAUUACAACAGAUCUUUUUCCUUAUACAACAUUGUUUCCCAACGACCUUAUGAAGUUUUCAUCGCGAACAAUUGAGCGUUACCUCAACAUCUCCAUUGGUGGCAUUACUAUCAAUAAGUUGCUUAAAGCUGUAAGUAUUAAUGCAAAGAGAGGUUAUGAAAUAACAAUGGCGAACAUCGUAAAGCAAGUACAGCUGAUUUUAGCGAAAUGCCAACACACCAAAGUUAAAGUAGAGAACAUUAAAACCUACAUUUAUCAAGCAAUUGAAUUUAUUGAGGCUUUCACUUGUAACUUCGACGUUAAUUGUACCAAAGUUAAUCUUGAAAUAUGCACAAAGCUGGCGGAACAUUAUCUACGAGUCAAUCAAAAGAAACUUCUUCAAACAUGGAAUGUUGUAAAUGCAAGCGUUUUGUUUAAAUUGAAUCAACUGAAGAACCAAGUUGAGCAACUAGUUAAGGAAAAUCAGUUAGAUGUGAAGAUAAUGAGAAUUCUUCAACCAAUCCUUGUUCUCGUAAACGACUACAGUGAUUUCAUAAAGAAAACGAACAUUUUGCCUUGAAAAUGGAUCAUGUGAGUAACGUUGUAAAAAUGUGACGAUAAAAUACUUGGCAAACUUCCACCACUUGAAAAAUUUAUAUGAUCAGUUUCAAAAUUUGUCCAUGGACGAACUUGUGUUGUUAGCUGAAGAUCAGUUAAAGAUUAAUGUAGAGAAAAUGAAGAACAGAUUUAUCAAGUUCCAAGUUGUAGCUGUUGAUUUCAUGUCAUCUCAUUUCGACAGUAUAGUUAACGGUGCCUGGAAUUGUACUUAUGGUGACUUGGUGAAUACUACACUUAUCAAUGCUCAACACUUUAUAAAAUGGAUUGAAAAGAAGCUCGAAAAAGUUAUAUUGACAAUUUAUUUGGUACCAUACUUCGCAAAAUACGAUAAAUUCGAACUUUAUGAAUUUGUCACAGCAAAUAUUUAUCAAAAUGCUUUGAAAUUUUAUACCACAACUAAGUUAUACUAUGCUGUAGCCAUUAGUCUUUCAUACUCAACUAUUGAAAACUCUGUGGAAACAUUAAAGAGAAAGUUUUUGGUUUUGCGCGAUGGACAUUUAUCUAAUGUUACAAUGACAAAACUGAAUGAGAUACGCGAUGUUUCCAUCAACAAGACUCUUGAUUUGUUGAAAAAACUCACAAAAGAUGCCUCCUUGCUUGUUUCAAAUUUGAAGACAGAGACCAUGAAGGUUCAAGAAAAACUGUAUAACAAUUUGAAAACUUUCAUAUUCAAAUACCGUACGAUGCUUUUAAAAACAUUGCAGAGCAGCCAAACAGAAAUAUUGAACACGAUCAAUUUGUAUAAAGACAUACCUAUCGAGGAAAUUUAUCGAAAUAUGCAAACAAAAGGCAGCGAAGCUUUGAAUAAUAUUUUUAGAGUUGUAACAAAUGAGACACUAACCUUGUACCAAAGUGCGAUGAUGAAGUUCAUUGAGAUAUUGGAAAUUUAUGAAAGAAAUAAGCUGGUUAUUGAAGAAAAGAUGAAGAUGUUCAACACGUUAGUGCAAAAUUUGACAACACAGUAUGGAUAUCUUGCAACAGAAAGCUACGAAAAAAUAUCCCUCUACUAUCACAAUCACAUUCAAACAUUGACGUCUGCGCAUGCGUCCAACAUGAAGAACUUGAUGGUUAGUUUAUCGGAACAAUAUGAGCAUUUUAAGAUUUGGUUUGAACACGUGAAGCCGAUGAAACUCAAAGAAUUCUACAACAGCAUGAAAAAAUAUUUCGAAAAUAGCACUUUGAGUAUCAAAGCAUGCUGUGAUAAGAAGUUUAAAGUUUUGCUCGAUGACAUUGAAAGCUUACGUAUGAAAUUUUAUAAUUUCAUAAAUGAAACCGCCACUGAAUCCAUUAAUGUCCUUGAAAAAAUACGUCAAGUUAACAAAGAGGUAAAAAAAGACUUUAUCACCACUCUGACUCCAUAUGAAAAAAUUGCAAGAUAUGUUUACAACAAGCAGCGAAGAAAGGCUUUGAAGAAUAUUGCUUUGAUUGUAAAGAAAUAUGAUGAAAUGUAUACUAAAUGCAGGAAUAUCACUGAAAUGAUGGCGAAUCAGAGUCAACAUGUUAUCGUAAAUACAAUUUUAUCUUCAGUUAAACAAAAUCCAUUGCUGAUACAAGUUGCUAAGUUAUACAAAACUAUUAGUGAAUUCCAACUUCUUUCAACUAUCGUCGAAACUCUAAAUAAAGUUCGUACUCAUAAAACUUGGACAGCAAUAGAACAGGAAAUUUUGCACCACGAAGCAGUCUUUGUAAGCAAAGUACUUGGAAAAUCAUUUUUGAGAAAACUGAAAGAAGUUCACGUGCUCUCUCAAUCUGUGCUAACACUUCGUAAUAUAAGAAAUAUGUCUCACAAUGGAUUCCAGUAUCUCCAGACAGUAACGAUGACCGAAAUUGAAAACAUAACCACUGCUAUUAUGGUAAAGUCUAACGAGCUAUAUUUGAAUCUUCGUAACACCUUUGAUAAACUUAUGUCAAAAGCAAACGAUUUUUACGUCAAGAAAAAUAAACUAUUCUUUGGAAUGUUUGAACGUCUUGGAGAAAUCAGUAUUCUUGAAAUUGAGGAAAAACUCCAUCAGCACAUAAGAAAUUUCCAAGCACCCGUACAUGAUAUGUACAAAAACCUGUCAAUUUUUGUUGUCAAUGAGGUUAUGAUUCUGGACAAUUACAUUCGCAAACUACUUAAAGGAUUUGAAAUAGUUAAAAAACAUCUUGCAUCCUUGAACACCAACAUUAAGAAUCAUUACGAAGACAUUUACAUGACAGUAAAUCGAUGGGGAAAACGUGUCUUGAAUAUAGUUUCAUUUGAUUUUGCCAAGUUUGGUUAUCGACCAACCGAACUCGUCGAAUUAUUGAACUUCCAUGUUAAACAAGGAUGGGUAUUGGGCAAAAGAUUUGUCAACGAAUAUGUUUCAAUUUAUAAUCUGACGAAGUUAACACCAAACGAACUCUUACAUAUACUUAAAGUUUUGCCAAACAAGUUCGAACAAGUAUUUCAUACAACAAGGAAGUCUUUCGAUAGAUGUAUCAUUAUGCUUAAAGAAGUGAAAGAAAGUGUUAACGACAAAAAAAUGACGGAGCUGAAAGAAAAAGCUGAAAGCAUUAUGAACAACACACGUGAUCAAAUGCAUUUCCUUGCCACCGAAACACUUGAGACAAUAGUGUUCGUCACAAAAUUCUACGGCUCAGUUGAUACGGUUUAUAGUGCUAAUCCUGAACUAGUACAGUUGGCUAAUUUCCACGUACAAAGAAUUAUAAAUUCCACACAAGUAUGUAAAGCUACAGCCUUAAAUCUUUACACAAAAAUCAGUGAGAAUGUUGCACGUUUCUUGAAUCAAACAAGCUUCAUGUACCACAACGAUUUGCCGAGACUUGUCAAAUACAUCAAAAUGGAAUGGCACGAUUUGGACGCUGCGGGAAAACUGAAGAAAAUUGAAAAUGUGAUGAGCAUCUCAAUGCUUAUUGGAAGCAAUUUGAUCAAGGAAACAUACACUGAGGCACGGAUAUCAUUUGAUCAUUACAAAGACAAGCUUAUAAAUUACGUAAACGUUAAAAAUUCAGAAGUAUUGACGAAGCUUAAUGAAACGAAAACUUGGUUGAUGCAAUGUUUGGGUUCAAACAUCGAAAAAAUGACAACUAAGGUUUACAAAGAACUCUGGUACCGUUAUAACUACACCGUUCUGAAUGUGUUUGAGGUAAAAAAUCAAUUAAAAAUGAUCAUAAGAAACUACAUUGAGCAUUUAUCAAAACUACCCGAGUCGGCCAAGAUUUCUUUCAGGCAGUGGCAACUAACGUUUGAUAAUAUCAGAAAAGAUUUGAACACCCUAAUCAACGAUUCAACUGUGAAACUUCAAAAUGGAGGACUGUAUGUUACAGAUAAAGUUCUACCUUUAGUGAAGGAAAAUUGCAUGUCAUAUAUUAAUAAGCUUAAAAAUAAACUCUCCUUCCUGUCAAAAAAGACUGAAGAUGCUGUGAAACUUAUUAUUUCUGAUAUUCAAGAGGACUUGCCGAUAUUUAAAAAGAAAAUUGUUGAUAUUUUUUACAUCGUACGAGCAAGCGAAAUUGCAUUCAUUACUGGUGAUCUUGAACUGAAUAUUGAACAACUUGUCGAACUGCGUACAAUUUUAACCGAUCUAUACAACCUUACAGCAAAGAAAUGUGGUGUUUUCCAUGCAAGACUGUACAACCUAUACCAAAGUUGUGUGACUUGUUGUGAGAAAAUCAUAAGUUGGGCACUUGAUCAAUGUAACAUGACAACGAGACAGCUGUACCAGCACAUUUCUAUUAAUUUGAAACCAAAGCUUGGAGAAAUUCGCAAAUCAAUCGUUACAAAAUUAACGACAUUCUCCAAAUCUAUUGACCGGAAAUUUGCUGAGAUAACAAGAAUGCAACAAAAAUUGGUGGAUAUGUGUCAUGAGAAAGCAAAGAUUGUUUAUAACAAGAGUGUUGAAUUGAGACAGAUUACCCUUGAAAACAUCAGAAUUAUUCUCAAGCAAUUGAAAGUUUUAGCUGAUGAUCUGCAGAAACGAGCUGAUCUUAUUAAAUUGCAAACAAAGCUAAGAAUGGAACAAUUUGAAAAGAACAUAUAUCGAACCAACAAGAACUUUACCGAAAUCAUGAACGAAAACCGGGAUGUUAUCCAAGAGAAAAUAACAGGCAUCAUUAGAUCACUUGACAUGAGGUCAUUCCUUAAUCAGUAUGUAGAUAUUGAAGACUUGAAUAACAAAACAAUUGAGAUUGGAGAAGACGUAAUGAACAUACGUAUGGUGAAAGAUGUUGUUGAUCUUAGCAAGGCCUGCUAUUCUGAGGGACAGCGGUUGUUGAAACUGAGUCAUGAAACCAGCGAGUUUGUGAUGUAUCUCAUCAAACGGAUUGUCAAAUACAGUGAUGUGUGGGAGAUUGUUGAAACACUGACUGAUCCAUUUCAUUGGAUUCCACCCUCUGAUAGUGUUGCUAUGAUAUUUGGAAAACCACACGUUUAUACUUUUGAUGGCCAUUCAUAUCAAUUUAUUGGAUACAAGAAACCGUCAUGUACUUAUGUACUUGCACAUGAUUUCCGCGAUAAUAACUUCACGUUGAUGAGCCAAGAAACUGCUUUAAUAAUAAACACAAAAUCUGGUUACGUCAAGAUCCAUGCCAAUGGUAAGGUGGAAGCAACUGUGAGCAAAGAUGUCGAUGGAAACGAUGUGAAGACGACUCACUACGAACUACCAGUUGAAAUGCAAGAUUUGAGUGUACGAAGAGAAGGAUCAUAUGUAAAGAUUCAUCAUGAUACUGGUGUCGAUAUUGCUUGUGACGUCAAACAUUUCUUGUGCACAUUCAACAUAAACAAGUUCUAUCAUGGUCGACUUGCUGGUCUCCUGGGAACGAACAACAACGAACAAUAUGACGAGUUUCUAAAGCCGGACAAAACCAUUGCCAAAUCUGUUGCUGAAUUCGCAAACGCUUGGGAAGUGAGUGGAGAUCGAGAGUGUAAAGUUAGCAGUUCUGAACGCAAGCCAACAUGUAAAACGGAACCAUCGCCGAGAUGUAAAGAUCUUUUCUUGAGUUCAACCUCUCCUUUGGCAAAGUAUUUUAAGUCAUUGGAUCCAGCUCCAUUCUACAAGGCUUGUCAAUAUGAUACAUCUGAUUGUCAAUCUGUUCCAUCAAAUCUGAGUUUCUGUAACGUUACUGCCGCUUACACGACUCUGCUAAGGAAGAAAGGAAUUUGGGCGAGCCAACUCCAAGAAUGUGCUAACUGUGGAAGCAAAGGUGUUUGGGUGAAAUGGACAGAACAUGGUAACAACAAUGUUGAUGUAGUCUUGAUGAUUCCGGAUACGCUCAAAAUGAAAAAUCAUACUGUUCAACUAUCUGGCUUUCUGAAGGAGCUCGAAAACGAGUUACGAAGCAAUUACACUUCAAGAUAUGCUGUGGUUGCGUUUGGUGGAAAAACUGCUUUCCUUCAACGUCCGCAUAUUGUCACUAAUGGAGGAAAGAUCUUCGGUAGCAUAAAGAAUGUUGAAAGUACUAUCGCUAGCAUGCAGUUCAAUGGCCAGGGAGCAAAUGCGCUUGAAGCUAUUGAAUACCUUGCUCAACUUCCAUUCCAACCUGGAGCAAGCAAAGUAGUUAUCAUGCUUUCAACUCAAAAUCGUGAAACAAUGACAAAAGCACCUCUCCUGAAGGCAAAGAAAGAACUGAACAUGCAAGGAAUUAUAUUUAACGUGAUUGGGCCAUACUUUAAACGCUCAGAGCAUAAAGAUGUACUUGGUUUGUGGAAAGGUAAAGCGAUGGUGAAGAAGAGUUUGUUCCACAGCAAAGAAAAAACAAUUGGUUUGCCAGCCAAUGAUCACAUUCGUCUUGCUGAGUAUACAAAGGGAGCUGUAUUUAAUCUUAAGGCGUACUCUCAAGUUCAUGGUAAUUGGUUGAGGUUGUUAAAGCGAGCAAUGAAGACGACAAUAGUUAAGCAGAUUCAAGAAGAUCAGACCUACUGCCGACAGUGUGUUUGUGUUCCUGGUUUAACAGUUGAGCCGCUGACUAUCUGUAGAACAAACAGACAUUCAAGAUGCACCUAGUUUUUGCAUGGUUUCUUUUGUCCUUAUGCACUCGAACACUUCUAAUGACUCAAGAAGUACAGAAAAAAAGUCUAACAUAUUAUUGCAUGUUAUCAUUAUAAGUUACUCUAUAUCAAUAAUUUGAUUUUACGAUUGAAUGAACUAAAUUAUUUACAGAUUUUUACGUGGGACGUAUAAUAAAACUUAAUGUAUGAAUUUUAGAGUUUUUGAUAAAUACGGCGACUUUCUAUCAAACUUUUGGCACUGAAAGAUAACUUCACGUUUAUUUAGUAUUAUGUUACAUUAAAAUGGAGGUAAAAACUGA